CGCACAGAAAACACGACGAGAUUCUGUAAUCCCGGUCCGGUUAUGUGUAUCAGAGCAUUGGGGUAAUCGGACAGAUAUCAGUCGAAUAAAUAACCAACGCUUGAGGAAAGAUUCUCUUAACAUUGUGACCAUAUUAGAGACAUUUUUGACGAUACAGAACAAUAUUAUCGUUUGUUCCAUCGUUGGUUCACUGUUUCAACUGAGCUGUUUAAGUAUUCAAAGCCCGGAUUUAAAGAUUCAAAGGAGUCGGUUGAACAAAUUCACCACAUCUGUCGUGCAAAUUCAGAAAACUAGUUGUGAUUUAUCUGCAAAUCCCUCCAUUCAUAUUCACUGGCUGUAGAAAUGGGAUUGCUGUUCGCUAAACUGAUGACUGUGUUCGGAGACAGAGAACAUAAAGUAAUUAUUGUUGGAUUGGACAAUGCUGGGAAGACCACCAUCCUUUACCAAUUUUUAACUAAAGAAGCAGUGCAGACCUCUCCCACAAUUGGCAGCAAUGUAGAGGAAAUCUCCAUAAAGAAAACACGCUUCCUUGUCUGGGACAUCGGCGGGCAGGAUAGUCUCAGAGCUAGCUGGAACUCGUAUUACUGUAACACGGAGAUUGUCAUCCUGGUGGUUGAUAGCACUGAUCGAGAACGUUUGACUGUGACCAAAGAGGAACUUCAUCGCAUGCUUGCUCACGAGGAUCUGCAGAAUGCAUCAGUACUGGUUUUGGCAAAUAAGCAGGACAUGAAGAACAGUAUGUCUGCUGCAGAGAUCUCCCAGAGUCUGACACUCGGCUCACUCACCGCUCGCUCGUGGCAUGUCCAGGCCUGUUGUGCUCUCACUGGAGAGGGUUUACCCGCCAGUCUAGACUGGAUGCAGUCCCGUGUUUUGGCAAACUAACUCCAGCAGUAGAGUUUCUUUAACCCCUGGUACAGUUAAAAGAGUGACCUAGGCCUGCUCAAACUAUUGUCCUGCUCUCAGUGCCUCCAUCUGGACAGCAGCCAGCUUAAAUGCUAACACCUGGAGGAACACACCUAAUCCACUACCGCCAAUUAUACUCUAUAUACCAGAUGAAGAUUGGAUACUGGGUGUGUGUGUGCGUGCGUGUGAGACUGAGAGUGCUUAAAUAUGUAUGUGUAGACUCGUGCAGGUUUGUGUAUUAUGUGACUCCGUUCUAGUGGUCCACAUUGUUUACAUCACAGACUUAUGAAAUGAUCUGAUCAUGAUGUGUUGGUGUCACUGUUAAGUAUUCACCUCUGGGAUUUUUUUAAACAAACUUUACAAGUGGAGCAAUUACCUACAGACAGCCAUCUGAGAGGGGCAAUGGUUCAAAUGCCUGUACUGGACCGUACUGAGCCACUAAGCUAUUGAACAAGCAUUAUUUGAAUUAUUUAAAUUGAAUUGUAUGUAUGUUGUACAGAUAUCUGCAUGCUGAAAUGAGCAAAUUGUUCAAGUAUUUUAUUUUUUAAAGUAGACUGGAUAUCCAUAGUAUGUUUUCUUACAACAUUUUGUACAAAACCUUUUGUACAGAUA